AUGGGUGCUAUCAAGAUCCCCGAAGAUUUCGAUGACCGACAACUACACCUUGAGAGCGAAGCAGAGCAAUACCAUCCCUAUGAUUACCAGACGGAAAACAAUGGGUCUUGGGCAGGCGCCCUGCCGGUGAAACAGGGGUUGUAUGACCCAUCACUUGAAAAGGAUGCCUGUGGUGUCGGCUUUGCAUGCCACAUCAAGGGCAAGCCUAGCCACAAGAUUGUCAGCGAUGCGCGGAACCUCCUUUGCAAUAUGACCCAUCGCGGUGCGGUGGGGUCCGACGCACGAGACGGCGACGGCGCGGGUGUCAUGACCUCCAUUCCUCACAAGUUCUUUGUCAAGAACUUUGAGCGUGAAGAAGGAAUUAAGCUUCCUCCUCCGGGCCAGUAUGCUGUGGGGAACCUGUUUUUCAAGCCUGAUCAGGAGACGUUGCAGGAGUCCAAGCGGCAGUUGGAAGAUAUUGCCGAGAGCUUGGGCCUGAGGAUCCUGGGGUGGCGAGAGCCUCCCGUGGACUCCACGCUCCUUGGUCCUGCUGCCGCCUCUCGUGAGCCUACCAUUCUGCAGCCCUUCGUCGUGCUGCAGUCUGCGUAUGGCUCGGGCAACGCUCCCGAGAUGACGGACCCAGAGAAGUUUGAUGAGAAGCUCUUCGAGAGGCAACUCUAUGUUCUCCGGAAGCGGGCUACCCAUACUGUCGGGCUCCAGAACUGGUUCUACAUCUGCUCCCUUUCCAACAAGAACAUUGUCUACAAGGGACAGUUGGCACCAGUUCAGGUCUACCAAUACUACCAUGAUUUGGUGAAUGCCGAUUAUGAGGCUCACUUUGCCCUCGUACACUCCCGCUUCUCGACCAACACGUUCCCGUCCUGGGAUCGUGCCCAGCCUCUGCGGUGGGCGGCUCACAAUGGUGAGAUCAACACUCUCCGUGGUAACAAGAACUGGAUGCGCGCCCGUGAAGGCGUCAUGCAGUCCGACAUCUUCGGUGAGGAUUUGGAGAUGCUGUACCCUAUCGUCGAGGACGGCGGCUCCGACUCGGCUGCGUUCGACAACGUCUUGGAGUUGCUCACCAUCAACGGCGUGCUGUCCCUUCCUGAGGCUGUCAUGCUGAUGGUCCCUGAGGCGUGGCAGGGGAACACACUUAUGGACCCCAAGAAGGCUGCAUUCUACGAAUGGGCUGCCUGCCAGAUGGAGCCUUGGGAUGGCCCGGCCCUGUUCACCUUUGCCGAUGGCCGGUUCUGCGGCGCCAACCUCGACCGCAAUGGUCUCCGUCCUUGCCGCUUCUAUGUCAUGGAUGAUGACCGCAUUAUUUGCGCGUCCGAAGUCGGCACGAUCCCUGUUGAUCCCGAGAGGAUUGUCCAGAAGGGCCGCUUGCAACCCGGCCGUAUGCUUCUCGUCGACACGCAGGCUGGCCGCAUCAUUGACGACAGCGAGCUGAAGGCUGCCGUCUCCAGUCGUCACGAUUUCCGUGCCUGGCUGGACGAGAACCUUAUCACCAUGCCCGCUGUCUUGGAUAAGGUUUCGGAGAACAAGGACGUCGUUCUAGCCGCGAAGCCCGAUGAGACGAAGGUUCAGGAGGACCCGUUGCUGCACGCCUUCGGCUACACCUUCGAGCAGGUUAGCUUGCUGCUCGCUCCUAUGGCCUCGGACGAGAAGGAGGCGCUGGGCUCUAUGGGCAACGAUGCGCCGCUUGCGUGCUUGUCGGAUGCGCCGAAGCUGCUCUACGAGUACUUCCGCCAGCUAUUCGCCCAAGUGACCAACCCGCCCAUUGACCCAAUCCGGGAGUCGAUUGUCAUGUCUUUGGAGUGCUAUGUCGGUCCUCAGGGCAAUCUUCUCGAGAUGGACUCCACCCAGUGCGGCAGGCUGCUCUUGCCUAGCCCCAUCCUCUCGAUUGAGGAGUUCAAUGCCAUCAAGAAUAUGUCGACUCUCUACCCUGAGUGGACCGUGAAGACCAUCGACAUCACCUUCCCAAAGAAGGACGGCAUUCAGGGUUACAUUAACCACCUCGAUUACAUCUGCAGCGAGGCCACUGCAGCGAUCGAAGGUCGGGACCGCAUCAUUGUCUUGUCUGACCGCAACACGUCGAAGGACCGGGUUGCCGUUUCGACCUUGCUUGCUGCGGGCAUGGUCCAUCACCACCUUGUCACCAACAAGUGGCGUGCCUUGGCUGCGCUCGUCGUUGAGACCGCCGAGGCUCGUGAAGUGCACCACAUGUGCGUCCUGCUCGGCUACGGUGUGGACGCCAUCAAUCCUUACCUCGCCAUGGAAUGCAUCCUGAAGCUCAACCGGGAGAAGUUGAUCAAGAAAAAGCUGUCGGAUGAUGCUCUUAUCCGGAACUACAAGCACUCUUGCGAUGGUGGCAUUCUCAAGGUCAUGAGCAAAAUGGGUAUUUCCACCCUUGCCAGUUACAAGGGCGCCCAGAUCUUCGAGGCUCUCGGUGUCGAUGACUCUGUUGUCGACCGCUGCUUCCGCGGCACCGCGUCGCGUAUCAAGGGCGUGACCUUUGAGCUCAUUGCGGAGGACGCUUUCCGCUUCCACGAGCGUGGCUUCCCUUCGCGCGAGACUGUUGCCGUUCCUGGCCUUCCGGAGUCCGGCGAGUACCACUGGCGCGACGGUGGUGAGGCGCACGUCAACGACCCGACGUCCAUUGCCAACAUCCAGGACGCUGUCCGCACCAAGAACGACAAGUCGUACGAAGCCUACUCCCUCUCAGAGUACGAACAGAUCAAAUCUUGCACCCUCCGCGGCAUGCUCGAUUUCAAGUUCGAGGACUGCACCCCCAUCCCGAUCGACCAGGUCGAGCCGUGGACCGAGAUUGUGCGGCGCUUCUGCACUGGUGCCAUGUCCUAUGGUUCCAUCUCCAUGGAGUCUCACUCGACUCUGGCUGUUGCCAUGAACCGGCUGGGCGGCAAGUCCAACACCGGUGAAGGCGGUGAGGACCCAGAGCGUUCUCAGCGGAUGCCCAACGGCGACACCAUGCGCUCUGCCAUCAAGCAGGUCGCCUCCGGCCGCUUCGGCGUCACGUCGGCCUACCUGGCCGAUUCGGAUGAGCUCCAGAUCAAGAUGGCGCAGGGCGCUAAGCCCGGUGAGGGUGGUGAGCUUCCUGGUCACAAGGUGUCGAAGUCGAUUGCUCGCACCCGCCACUCGACGCCUGGUGUCGGUCUGAUCUCGCCACCCCCGCACCACGACAUCUACUCCAUCGAGGACUUGAAGCAGCUUAUCUAUGACCUCAAGUGCUCGAGCCCGCGCUCCCGUGUCUCGGUCAAGCUGGUGUCCGAGACCGGCGUGGGUAUCGUCGCCUCAGGUGUCGCCAAGGCCAAGGCUGAUCACAUCCUGAUUUCGGGCCACGACGGCGGUACUGGUGCCUCGCGCUGGACGGGUAUCAAGUACGCGGGUCUUCCGUGGGAGCUGGGUCUCGCUGAGACCCAUCAGACUCUUGUCCUGAAUGAUCUUCGUGGUCGUGUUGUCGUCCAGACUGAUGGUCAGCUCCGGACGGGUCGUGAUGUCGCCAUCGCCUGUCUGCUUGGUGCCGAGGAGUGGGGCUUCGCGACAGCUCCUUUGAUUGCCAUGGGCUGUAUCAUGAUGCGCAAGUGCCACCUUAACACCUGCCCUGUUGGCAUUGCCACCCAGGAUCCGGAGCUUCGCAAGAAGUUCACUGGUACUCCUGAGCAUGUCAUCAACUUCUUCUACUAUGUCGCCAACGAGCUUCGUGCCAUCAUGGCCAGGCUUGGCUUCCGGACAGUGAACGAGAUGAUCGGUCAUGCCGAGGUCCUCAAGAUCCGCGAUGACAUCCGGUCGAAGAAGACUGCGAACAUCGACUUGUCGCUCAUCCUCACCCCGGCCCACAAGCUGCGCCCUGGUGUCGCCACCUUCAAUGUCCGGAAGCAGGACCACCGUCUCUAUGUCCGCCUGGACAACAAGCUAAUUUCCGAGGCUGAGUUGACACUCGACAAAGGCCUGCCUUCCCGCAUCGAGUGCGACAUCGUCAACACCGAUCGCGCCAUGGGUACUUCUCUUUCGUACCAGAUCUCCAAGCGGUACGGCCAGGAUGGGCUGCCCAUGGACACCGUCCAUGUCAACAUCAAGGGCUCCGCCGGCCAGUCGUUCGGUGCCUUCCUUGCCCCUGGUGUCACACUGGAGCUCGAGGGUGACGCCAACGACUAUGUCGGCAAGGGUCUCUCUGGCGGCCGCCUGAUCAUCUACCCGCCGCGGUCCGCUGUGUUCAAGGCCGAGGAGAAUAUCUUGAUUGGUAAUGUGUGCUUGUACGGAGCCACCAGCGGUACUUGCUUCUUCCGGGGCGUCGCAGCGGAACGCUUCGCGGUGCGCAACUCGGGUGCGACGGCCGUUGUCGAAGGCGUCGGCGACCACGGUUGCGAGUACAUGACCGGUGGCCGUGUGGUCAUUCUGGGCAACACGGGACGCAACUUCGCGGCUGGUAUGUCUGGUGGCAUCGCCUAUGUCCUCGAUAUCCAACAGGACUUCCUUAGCAAGCUGAACACGGAGAUGGUCGAAGCCACUCCUCUUGAGGAUCCCGAGGAAAUCUCUUAUGUCCGCGGCCUGAUCGAGGAUCACCACCACUACACUGGCUCGGAGCUCGCUGCGCGGAUCUUGGUGGACUUCAACCGUGCUCUGCCCCGUUUUGUCAAGGUUCUGCCCGUUGAUUACAAGCGUGUCCUGGAGGAGGAGGCAGCCAAGGCAGCCGAAGCCAAGCGCGCCGAGUACAACCUCCCGGUUAUCCCGGGCGUUGCCCCCAAGAAGGAGCAAAAGGAAGCAGGAGCGAAGCUGCAGGACAUUGAGGAAAGCGUGAGAGAUGACACGGCCGACAAGAAGAAGGCACUUGUGCUGGACAAGACUCGGGGCUUCAUGAAGUACCAGCGUCGGUCUGAGAAGUACCGCAGCGCGAAGACUCGUACCAAGGACUGGGCCGAGCUUUCCCAGAGACUGGACGAGGACGAGCUCAAGUACCAGUCCGCGCGUUGCAUGGACUGCGGUGUUCCGUUCUGCCAGUCGGACACCGGGUGCCCCAUCUCCAACAUCAUCCCCAAGUGGAACGAGUUGGUCUUUAUGGAGCGCUGGCGUGAUGCGCUUAACCGCCUGCUGAUGACCAACAACUUCCCCGAGUUCACUGGCCGUGUCUGCCCGGCUCCUUGCGAAGGCGCCUGUGUUCUUGGCAUCAACGAGGACCCGGUCGGCAUCAAGUCGAUCGAGUGUGCCAUCAUCGACCGCGGCUUCGAGAUGGGCUGGAUGGUUCCGAACCCGCCCAAGGUGCGCACCGGCAAGAAGGUUGCCAUCAUCGGCUCUGGCCCCGCUGGUCUCGCGGCGGCCGAUCAACUGAACAAGGCCGGUCACACCGUCACCGUGUAUGAGCGUGCCGAUCGCUUGGGUGGUCUGCUCAUGUACGGUAUCCCCAACAUGAAGCUUGACAAGCGGAUUGUCAAGCGGCGUACCGACUUCAUGGCUGCUGAGGGCGUCAACUUCAAGACGGGUGUGGCCGUCGGUGAGGACAUCCAGCUCAUGGAUCUCAAGGCCCAGAAUGACGCGGUGAUCAUCGCGACUGGCGCCACGGUGGCCCGCGAUCUUCCCAUCAAGGGCCGCAACCUCGAGGGCAUCCACUUCGCCAUGGAGUUCCUGCACAAGAACACCAAGUCGCUCCUCGACUCCGAGCUGGCUGACGGCUCGUACAUCUCGGCCAAGGACAAGCACGUUGUCGUCAUUGGCGGCGGUGAUACCGGAAACGACUGCAUCGGUACCUCGGUCCGGCACGGCGCCAAGUCGGUCAUCAACUUCGAGCUGUUGCCGCAGCCGCCCCCGGAGCGGGCUCGCGACAACCCGUGGCCGCAGUGGCCGCGCAUCUACCGGGUCGACUACGGCCACACCGAGGUGCGCCAGCACAUGGGCAAGGAUCCGCGCGAGUUCUGCAUCAUGUCGGAGGAGUUCGUGGACGACGGCAACGGCAAGGUCAAGGGCAUCAACACGGUGCGCGUCGAGUGGACCAAGUCGGCGUCGGGCGGCUGGGACAUGAAGAAGAUCGAGGGCUCCCAGCAGUUCUUCCCUGCGGACCUGGUGCUGCUGUCGAUGGGCUUCCUGGGCCCCGAGGGCCGUGUGCUGGGCGACGAGAUCGAGAAGGAUGCUCGCAAGAACGUCAAGACGCCGGCGGGCAAAUACAGCACCAACGUGGAGGGCAUCUUCGCCGCGGGCGAUUGCCGUCGUGGGCAGUCGCUUAUCGUCUGGGGUAUCAACGAGGGUCGCCAGGCUGCGCGCGAGGUGGAUCUCUACCUUGAGAAGUGCACUAACCUGCCCGUUACCGGCGGCAUCGUGAAGCGCACUGCCGAGGAGGUGUUCGCUGCCGCUGCGGCAACGGAGGUUGUCGCCGCCUAA